AUGCCGUCCAGCCAGUUGACGGGGCCCCAGGCGUGCAUCAUUGGUGCUGAGUCGUCAGACUGCUCCAGCCGGGGUGAGCGAGUGAUAACUGGUAGCUUUGUGUCUCUGUUUCCCACAGAUGAUGUGGCCCCCUAUUUCAAGACAGAGCCGGUGCGGACGCAGGUGCAUCUGGAGGGGAACCGCCUGGUGCUCACGUGCAUGGCCGAGGGCAGCUGGCCGCUGGAGUUCAAGUGGCUCCACAACAACAGAGAGCUGACCAAGUUCUCCCUGGAGUACAGGUACAUGAUCACCAGCCUGGACCGCACCCACGCAGGCUUCUACCGCUGCAUCGUGCGGAACCGGAUGGGCGCUCUGCUGCAGCGGCAAACCGAGGUCCAGGUGGCCUACAUGGGCAGCUUUGAGGAAGGCGAGAAGCACCAGAGUGUCUCCCACGGAGAAGCAGCUGUCAUCCGUGCCCCACGCAUCGCCAGCUUCCCACGGCCACAGGUGACCUGGUUCCGGGACGGCCGCAAGAUCCCGCCCAGCAGCCGCAUAGCCAUCACCCUGGAGAACACCCUCGUCAUCCUGUCCACGGUGGCUCCCGACGCAGGCCGCUACUACGUACAGGCUGUUAAUGACAAGAACGGGGAUAACAAGACCAGCCAGCCCGUCACUCUUGCCGUGGAGAAUGUCGGGGGGCCUGCAGACCCCAUCGCCCCAACCAUCAUCAUUCCUCCCAAGAACACCAGCGUGGUGGCCGGGACCUCAGAGGUGACCAUGGAGUGUGUGGCCAAUGCCAGGCCCCUGAUCAAGCUGCACAUCAUUUGGAAGAAAGAUGGGGUGCCACUGUCGGGCGGCCUCAGCGACUACAACCGCCGGCUGACCAUCCCCAGCCCCAUGGGCAGCGACGCCGGCUACUACGAGUGCGAGGCUGUCCUGCGUAGCAGCAGCGUCCCCUCCGUCAUCCGUGGAGCCUUCUUGUCUGUGCUCGAACCGCCUCAGUUUGUCAAGGAGCCAGAGAGACACAUCACUGCAGAGAUGGAGAAAGUGGUGGACAUUCCCUGUCGGGCCAAAGGCGUACCACCGCCAUCCAUCAGCUGGUACAAGGACGCAGCCGUGGUAGAGGUGGACAAGCUGAGCCGCUUCUGGCAGCGCAGCGAUGGGGGCCUGCAGAUCAGCGGGCUGGUGCCUGACGACACGGGCAUGUUCCAGUGCUUUGCCCGCAACGCGGCCGGCGAGGUGCAGACUUCCACCUACCUGGCCGUCACCAGCAUUGCCCCCAACAUCACCAGGGGCCCCUUGGACAGCACAGUGAUCGAUGGCAUGUCAGUGGUGCUGGCUUGCGAGACUUCGGGGGCACCCCGGCCGGCCAUCACUUGGCAGAAAGGGGAACGCAUCCUGGCCAGCGGCUCCGUCCAGCUGCCUCGCUUCACGCUGCUCGAGUCGGGGAGCCUGCUUGUCAGCCCAACACACAUCUCCGAUGCCGGCACCUACACCUGCUUGGCCACCAACUCGCGGGGGGUCGAUGAAGCCUCGGCUGACCUGGUUGUGUGGGCCCGGACCCGCAUCACCAAGCCUCCCCAGGACCAGAGUGUCAUCAAGGGUACCCAGGCCUCCAUGGUGUGCGGAGUGACCCACGACCCCCGAGUGACCGUCAGGUACGUCUGGGAGAAGGAUGGGGCCACCCUGGGCACCGAGAACAACCCCCGCAUCCGUCUCGACAAAAACGGCUCCCUGCACAUCUCGCAGACGUGGUCGGGGGACAUCGGCACGUACACCUGUCGGGUACUGUCCGCCGGAGGCAAUGACUCUCGCAGUGCCCACCUGCGUGUCAGGCAGCUGCCUCACGCCCCCGAGCACCCCGUGGCGACCCUCAGCACCGCGGAGAGGCGGGCCAUCAACCUGACGUGGGCCAAGCCCUUCGAUGGCAACAGCCCCCUGCUCCGCUACGUCUUGGAGAUGUCGGAGAACAAUGCCCCCUGGACAGUGCUCCUGGCCAGUGUGGACCCUGAGGCUACGUCAGUGAUGGUCAAGGGCUUGGUGCCCGCGCGCUCCUACCAGUUCCGCCUUUGUGCAGUCAACGACGUGGGGAAGGGACAGUUCAGCAAGGACACGGAGAGGGUCUCCCUCCCCGAGGAGCCCCCCACAGCCCCUCCACAGAAUGUCAUCGCCAGCGGCCGGACCAAUCAGUCCAUCAUGAUCCAGUGGCAGCCACCUCCCGAGAGCCACCAGAAUGGUCUUCUCAAGGGCUACAUCAUCAGGUACUGCCUGGCCGGGUUGCCUGUUGGGUACCAGUUUAAGAACAUCACGGACGCUGACGUCAACAACCUGCUCCUGGAGGACCUCAUCAUCUGGACCAACUACGAGAUCGAGGUGGCCGCCUACAACAGCGCCGGGCUGGGUGUCUACAGUAGCAAAGUCACCGAGUGGACACUGCAGGGAGUCCCCACCGUCCCUCCUGGCAACGUGCACGCAGAAGCCACCAACUCCACAACCAUCCGCUUCACCUGGAAUGCCCCCAGCCCCCAGUUCAUCAAUGGCAUCAACCAGGGCUACAAGCUGAUUGCCUGGGAGCCGGAGCAGGAAGAGGAGGUUACCAUGGUGACUGCCCGGCCCAACUUUCAAGACAGCAUCCACGUGGGCUUCGUGUCCGGCCUAAAGAAGUUCACUGAGUACUUCACCUCCGUGCUGUGCUUUACCACUCCCGGGGACGGGCCUCGAAGCACCCCCCAGCUGGUGCGCACCCAUGAGGAUGUGCCUGGUCCUGUGGGACACCUGAGCUUCAGUGAAAUCCUGGACACCUCGCUGAAGGUCAGCUGGCAAGAGCCAGGAGAGAAGAAUGGCAUCCUCACAGGGUACCGGAUCUCCUGGGAGGAAUAUAACCGAACCAACACCCGCGUGACCCACUACCUUCCCAACGUGACCCUGGAGUACCGCGUCACGGGCCUCACCGCCCUCACCACCUACACCAUCGAGGUGGCCGCCAUGACCGCCAAGGGCCAGGGCCAGGUGUCCGCGUCAACCAUCUCUUCCGGGGUGCCUCCAGAACUCCCAGGGGCCCCCACCAACCUGGGCAUUUCCAACAUCGGCCCCCGCUCCGUGACCUUGCAGUUCAGGCCAGGCUAUGAUGGGAAAACCUCCAUCUCUCGCUGGCUGGUGGAGGCCCAGGUAGGCGUGGUUGGAGAGGGGGAGGAGUGGCUGCUGGUUCACCAGCUCACCAACGAACCCGACGCCCGCUCCAUGGAGGUGCCCGAACUCAACCCCUUCACCUACUACAGCUUCCGAAUGCGCCAGGUGAACAUCGUGGGCACCAGCCCACCCAGCCAGCCUUCUAGAAAGAUCCAGACCCUCCAGGCACCCCCUGACAUGGCCCCAGCCAACGUGACCCUGCGCACGGCCAGUGAGACCAGCCUGUGGCUCCGCUGGGUGCCUCUCCCAGAGAUGGAAUACAACGGAAACCCCGAGUCAGUGGGCUACAAGAUCAAAUACAGCCGGGCAGACGGCCAUGGCAAGACGCUGAGCCACGUGGUCCAGGACCGCGUGGAGCGUGAGUACACCAUCGAAGACCUUGAGGAGUGGACAGAGUACCGCGUCCAGGUCCAGGCCUUCAAUGCCAUCGGGAGCGGGCCCUGGAGCCAGACAGUGAUGGGCAGGACCCGGGAGUCAGUCCCGUCCUCUGGCCCCACCAACGUGUCUGCGCUGGCCACCACCUCCAGCAGCAUGCUGGUGCGCUGGAGCGAGAUCCCUGAGGCUGACCGCAAUGGGCUCGUGCUGGGCUACAAGGUGAUAUAUAAGGAGAAGGACUCGGAUUCCCAGCCCCGGUUCUGGCUGGUGGAAGGGAACUCGUCACGCAGCGCCCAGCUCACGGGCUUGGGCAAAUACGUGCUCUACGAGGUCCAGGUGCUGGCCUUCACACGCAUCGGGGACGGCAGCCCCAGCCACCCUCCCAUCCUGGAGCGGACGUUGGAUGAUGUCCCGGGACCGCCCGUGGGCAUCCUCUUCCCAGAGGUGAGGACCACAUCCGUGCGACUGAUCUGGCAGCCCCCCGCUGCCCCUAACGGCAUCAUUCUUGCUUACCAGGUCACACAUCGGCUCAACGCCACCACGGCCAACACGGCCACGGUGGAGGUGCUGGCACCCAGCGCCCGCCAGUACACGGCCACCGGCCUCAAGCCAGAGUCCGUCUACCUGUUCCGCAUCACAGCCCAGACCCGCAAGGGCUGGGGAGAGGCCGCCGAGGCCUUGGUGGUGACCACCGAGAAGAGAGACCGCCCGCAGCCCCCCGGCAAGCCGGUGGUGCAGCAGGAGGACGUGAAGGCGCGCAGCGUGCUGCUGUCCUGGGAGCCAGGGAGCGACGGCCUGUCCCCCGUGCGCUACUACACCGUGCAGACCCGCGAGCUGCCCGGCGGCCGGUGGGCGCUGCACUCGGCCUCCGUGAGCCACAACGCCUCUGCUUUUGUGGUGGACAGGCUCAAGCCCUUCACGUCCUACAAGUUCCGAGUGAAGGCGACCAAUGACAUUGGGGACAGCGAGUUCAGCGAGGAAUCGGAGCCACUGACCACUCUGCAGGCCGCACCCGACGAAGCACCCACCAUUGUGUCGGUGACACCCCACACCACCACCUCCGUGCUGAUCCGAUGGCAGCCACCCGCAGAGGACAAGAUCAAUGGCAUCCUCCUGGGCUUCCGGAUCCGGUACCGGGAGCUGCUGUACGAGGGGCUGAGGGGUUUCACGCUGCGUGGCAUCAACAACCCGGGGGCCAAGUGGGCCGAGCUUACCUCCUUGUACUCCAUGCGGAACCUGAGCCGGCCCAGCCUCACGCAGUACGAGCUGGACAAUCUGAACAAACACCGGCGGUAUGAGAUACGGAUGAGCGUGUACAACGCCGUGGGGGAGGGGCCCUCGAGCCCCCCCCAGGAAGUCUUCGUCGGGGAAGCAGUGCCCACGGCGGCGCCCCGUAACGUGGCUGUCCAUGGCGCCACGGCCACACAGCUGGAUGUGACAUGGGAGCCACCACCGCUGGAGAGCCAGAAUGGAGACAUCCAGGGCUACAAGAUUUAUUUCUGGGAAGCCCAGCGGCGUAACCUCACGGAGCGGGUGAAGACGCUUUUCCUGGCCGAGAACGGCGUGAAACUCAAGAACCUGACCGGCUAUACGGCCUACAUGGUCAGCGUGGCAGCCUUCAACGCAGCGGGUGAUGGGCCUCGGAGCCUCCCCACCCGGGGCCAGACCCAGCAAGCAGCCCCCAGUGCUCCCAGCUCGGUCAAGUUCAGUGAGCUGACCACAACCUCGGUGAACGUGUCCUGGGAGGCCCCGCAGUUCCCCAACGGUGUCCUGGAAGGUUACCGGCUGGUGUACGAGCCCUGCACCCCCGUGGACGGUGAGGACUGGCUGCAGGUGUCUCCCCUCCAACUCCGGACUCAGGUGGUGUCUCUCCAGAAGCCCUUCCAGAAAGCCCCCGUGAAGGGGAACAGCCCUCUGUGGCUGAAGGUGAAGGACCUGGCCGAGGGGAUGACCUACCGGUUCCGCAUCCGAGCCAAGACCUUCACCUACGGGCCGGAGAUCGAGGCCAACGUCACCACUGGCCCCGGAGAAGGUGCCCCCGGGCCGCCUGGAGUGCCCAUCAUUGUGCGGUACAGCUCUGCCAUCGCCAUCCACUGGUCCAGCGGAGACCCUGGCAAAGGGCCCAUCACCCGCUACGUCAUAGAGGCCAGGCCAUCAGACGAGGGGCUAUGGGACAUCCUCAUCAAAGACAUCCCCAAGGAGGUGACCUCCUACACGUUCAGCAUGGACAUCCUGAAGCCAGGCGUCAGCUAUGACUUCCGGGUCAUCGCCGUCAAUGACUAUGGCUUCGGUACCCCCAGCAGCCCCUCCCAGUCUGUGCCAGCCCAGAAAGCCAACCCCUUCUACGAGGAGUGGUGGUUCUUGGUGGUCAUUGCCCUCGUCGGCCUCAUCUUCAUCCUCCUCCUGGUCUUUGUGCUCGUCAUCCGAGGGCAGAGCAAGAAGUAUGCCAAGAAGACCGACUCUGGGAACAAUGCCAAACCUGGUGCCCUUAGCCACGGGGAGAUGAUGAGCUUGGAUGAAAGCAGUUUCCCUGCCCUGGAACUCAACAACCGGAGACUCUCCGUCAAGAAUUCCUUCUGCCGGAAGAACGGCCUGUAUACCAGGUCGCCUCCCCGGCCCAGCCCAGGCAGCCUCCACUACUCCGACGAGGACGUCACCAAGUACAAUGACCUCAUUCCGGCAGAGAGCAGCAGCCUGACCGAGAAGCCCUCAGAAAUCUCCGACUCUCAGGGAAGCGACAGUGAGUACGAGGCCGACCAGACCCACCAGAAGGCCCACUCUUUCGUCAACCACUACAUCAGUGACCCCACGUACUACAACUCGUGGCGGCGGCAGCAGAAGGGGAUCUCGCGGGCCCCGGCGUACAGCUACGCGGAGAGCGACUCGGGGGAGCCGGACCACGCCACCGUAGCCAACAGCGGCAGCGCCCAGCAGGGCAGCCUCUUCCGGCCCAAGGCCAGUCGGACCCCAACGCCCCAGAACCCCCCAAACCCCCCGAGUCAGCAGAGCACCCUCUACCGCCCCCCCAGCAGCCUCACCCCCGGCUCCCGGGCUCCGAUAGCAGGAUUUUCCUCGUUUGUGUGACGUCGGAAGCGGGAAAAGAAGGAAAAAGAACGGCACCAAACUCCCCAUCCGCCCCUCCCCGCGCUGCCUGCCAGAAAACAAAAACACCAAGAAACCAAGUCAACUUUUCACCUCCUGAGUUUAUUUUUCCAGAGAUUCCAGGGCCAGCAAAGCCGGUUGUUGAGAAGGAGAAGGAAGCCAUGAGGGAGGCCGGGUGUGGCCUACAGUUGGUCGGCUCCAGAUUGUGGGGUCCACUGCUCCCUUUGCGGACUAUGCAAAGAGUCAGAGCUGCAGUGGCCGGGCCUGAGAGAGGUGGGGGGCAGCGAGAAAGCCGAGGCCUGGAGAGCUGUAAGGCAGCGUGCUGAGGGGACGAGAAGCUUGUGGAAGUCCCGACGGCUGCCCCUUCCAUGUGUGCUGGGGCCCUGGGCCCACUGCUGGCUGCAGAUGUGCAAGGCUGGUGUGCAAGGCUGAGCAUCCCUGGGGGGCAAAGUUCACCUUCUUGGCACCAGCUCACUGCUCCCCAUGCAUCACUGGCAAGCCUUGGACGGACGGAUGGCAGGCCCCUGGCCUGCUCUUCACACUCCACUGUCCCCUCCCUGGCUCAACGUCUCCACCAAGCAUGUGGUUUGUUUAGAAAAAGGAAAAUAAGGAAGGGGUGAGAGUCUGCCUAGCUAGCUCUUUGUUCUUACACACUCUUUUUUAUGGUGAAUCCAAGGCAGCAGGCCCUGGGGAGGCGGGGCAAGGCCCCCACAGCACCGCUGAGCCCAGCCAUGGCUUUACUUGAAUUCACUUUCCCGAGCACAGACCAGGAGACGUGAACCCCGGGGGCAGAGGUGCAGGGACUGGCCAGGCACCACUGGGAUAACUGGGCCCUAAGGCCCAAAAUCAGAACAUAAGAAGUCUGCCUUCUUCCCUCCUGAAAGGAAGCUGCCUAGACAAGGAAGUUGAGCGAGCACAGGACUGGGGAGCUAGGCAGGGUGAGGGAUAGCCAUCUAGGCAGGCACAGCCCUGUGCCUGGAGAGACCCCUUCCUCCUGAGACACACACACAGGUCCCCCAUGCACUUGCAAGGAGAAAGGUCUAGAGAUCUCUCCAAGACAAAUCCCUUUGGGUCCUAGCCAAACGGGACACUCACUCCCAGGUGGUGGUCCCUCUCCCUCUCAACCCAGAGUGAUCCACGCCUAAAAUGUGCCCCCCACCCCCGCCAAGCACGGGGGUACAGUAGAAGCCCAGAGGGGUGGGCCAAGCUCCUGGUCUAGAAGCCAGAGCUCCCAGAAUUUACCCGGUCAGCCCAGCACCCGGUUUAUAAAGAGUCAAAGACCCAACUCCUCAGUCAUGUGUUCCCGGCUCUGCUCAGCCUCGCUCGCCAGGGCUCAGAGCGAGGAGGGCUCUGUCCAAACUGGACACAGACCCUGAGGUGGACAGCCAGGCCGGCCGGAGGAGCAGGUCAGAUGGGACCAAGGACCAGAACAGCUGGCGGGAAGCAAGGCUUUUACAAACACAAUCUGCUCCAAGGAAUGUUCUUUAAAAAAGCCACUUGUGGGGGCCUGAACCUUCCCUUCAGCCCCCGGAUGUAGGGAUUGAGGGUUGAAUUCCCCAAGUGCCCCUGGCCGGCCCAGCCCCCCACCCCUCCCCAGGUUUGGGUGGAUGGCCACCUCCGGGAGAGGAGAGGGUCCCGCAGGGACCUGUUCAGUUCAUCGUGGGACCCCUUCGUGGCACAGGGCUCUCUGGGGUUGCCGCACACAGGCCCCAAAUCAGGGUGAGGGCAACAGUUAGGGGAGGCUUGGGGGGACGUUGGGGAGCAAGCCAAGGAAAGUAGCAUGUGCACCCAGCCCCAUGGGCCAGGGGCCGGAGGGAUGGGCACACCUCCCCACGCCCUCAGCCCCUCGGGAGUGCUGGCAGAGAUCUCUGCCACCGGGGCCCAGACAUCGGCUUCUCCGCAAGGGGCUCUAGGGACGGAAGCGCACUGGCCCCGGCCAUGAGGCCACAGGACCGAGUUCUGCCCGGUGCACAGCUGGCGUCUCCAUGGUAGCACGUCUGCAGGCGUGUGAGCUGCUUCCUCCUUCUCAUCUCAUCUUUUUUUAACAGCCUCAUCCUUUUCGUUAUCUGUUGUGUGUUAGCCAUUUAUGGAAGUUCCCAGUUUGCAUUGGGGAAUGAAUUGAGCCCAGCGCAGGGAGGGCUCUGGGUGUGGCAGGGGAGGGGGACGCCAGACGAGUGAAGGCCCGCCGUGUGUGCGCACGUGUGUACUGUACGCGAGGCCAGAUUUCCUUUGCCUUUCAUGGAUCGCCUGGGGCACUGAGAUGUGCGCCCUGGCCCUCCCCACAUGCUCCUUGACGCCCACGCUGACACACCCAUGCACACUGGGCAGGGUGCCUGUGCAUGCCUGGGCUCACGCACAUGCACGUAUGCACAGAACACACAUCCGGGUGUGUGUUCGCCAAGAGGCUUGCGAUUCCUUCUGAUGGCUGGAGCUGUCUGUCCCCUGGGAUGCCCGUGCAGCCAGGGUCCCCUCCCACCGGAAGGAAGCUGGGAUCUGUUGUCUCAGGGGGCGAGGACACUGCGCAAGCCGGAAGGCAGGCGGGGCCCAAGGUGAAAGUCCAGCCCUUAGUCCACAUACACCCACCCGAAACGUUGCCCCGCCGCCCCAGGUCUCUAGCUGUGGAGCUCUAGAUUCCUUAGAGGACACCUCUGCCCUCGUUUACAUAUCUGCUGGGGCAGUGAAGGCUCCCGACCCCCCAGCCAGACCCCCGGCUGCAUUAGAAGGAUGUGCUGGGCACUGCCCAUGGGUAACGGGAAACCUCCCUGACCUUGGGUUUCCUGGGCCGAUGAUGCCGGAGCCCCCAUCUGCGGGACCACCUGAAGCAGGUUCACAGCAGGACGCCUCCGUGUCCUUCGGCUCUGCUCCAUCCGGCCCCGGGGAAAUCUGGUGUGGCCCCUGGCAGCCCGCGCCUGGCACCCCAGCGCUGCCCUUCCCCCUCGCGGCCCCGCCUCCAGCGUGCACAGCGGCUCGGCACCCAGACUGCCAAGACGAACCAAAAAGCGGCUCUGGUUCCAGAAGCACUUUUCUCCCAGGGCCCCAGGGAGCUUGCAAACCCAAGCUGCCUGUCCUGUCCCCUCACCUGACACUGCCGUGACUCAGAAGAAACAAGGACACUUCUGGCUGCCCCGCCCAGAGCCCUGCUGCCUCGAGGCCUUCUGUCUCUGCCCACACCUCCCUGGGCAGAGCUUUUAAAGGUGCCAGAGCCUCCCAGAGCCCACUCUGGGCAGGGGCUCCCCUCACCUUCCCAUGGUGCACAUGGCGUGAGGGGCCGGAGGACAGGAAGGGAGGGACCCCCUCCCCACCCCGAGCAGCAGCCAACCGAUCCGAGUGCCUCUGUAUGGUCCUGCCCGGUGGCAAACCUGGCCACCACCUGGAGCACAGAUGCCCUCUCUUGGGACCACCCCCCUUCUCUUUGUUUCCGUGAAAAUAACCAAAACCAUUCAAAUGUGUUACCUUUCUUUACACACAUAGACUCCAAAAACAAAAACCAACACAAAUCUUUAUUUUUUGAUUUAAAAGAUAUAAUGAAAAAUUAUGGGGAGAGUAUUCAUUGUGGCAGGUGUCUAUCUGUAAGAAAAAAAUAUAUAUCUAUAUGUCAUAUAGCUUGUUAGCGGGUUUAUUUUAAAUGAAAGGUAAGAAAGAAAUUGAUUUGAAAUAUAUACCACGAGAUGUCCC